GGGGAGAGACGCAGGCAAGCGAGCUCUCUGCCCGCCCGCCCGCCUGCCCCAGCUCUUCCCGGGCCGGGCUGGGCCGGGCUGGGCUGGGCCGUGGGCUCUCCCGACUCCGGCUGUCCAUCAGUCUAUCUCCGGCGCUGACGAGAGGUAUCGAGGACUACGGAGCGCCCGGCAGGAAGGCCAGAAGGAAAGCAAGCACGCCUCCUAGUCCGGAGGCGAUGGAGGCGAUCCGCGCCCUCACCCGGGCCCAAGAGGUGGGGGACAAGGAUACCCAGAUCUGACGCGGAAGAGCCCGAGCCGGGAGGGGCCAAGAGGGCCCCGUAGCAGCAGCGGCAACGACAGCAGCAGCAGCAGCAGCACCGACAGUCUACAGCAGUCCUCCAGCCAGUCCUGGCAGCAUCGCCACAGCAACAGGAAAAUACAGUUAAAAGGCAGGCAGCCGGAGGCCAAGGCCAAGCCGUACAGCUCCUCACCUUCGGCCAGAAGGAGGGCAGAGCAUUAUGCAGAAGAGGAAAGGGUACCUGAGAGAUCGGGCCAAGCCGAGGACAAGGGACGUGUCUUCUCACUAAAGGGAAUGUGCCACCGUCUCUUCCGUGGGCAGGGGAGCACCAUGAGAGGCAGGGAAGAAACAGUCCGUCUGUGGCUGCCCAUCCGCAGGUCUUCACACCCCUGCUGGGACUGAGCCGGUUGGUACAGACCUGUUGGCCCAUCAGGUAUUGGAGAGUUCUAUUCUUUCUUCCACAGGGUGCACCUGGCACGAGGACUCAGAUACUGCAGCUACCGGCUCAGAGGCACUGAGGAGCAGAUCCCGGUCUCAGCUUCCCCGCCCUUUCGGCCGGCUCCCCGCUGCUGUACCAUGGGAUGUCGGCAAAGCUCGGAGGACAAAGAGGCAGCCCGGCGGUCCAGGAGGAUUGACCGCCACCUGCGCUCGGAGAGUCAGCGCCAACGCCGGGAGAUCAAGCUGCUCCUCUUGGGCACCAGCAACUCGGGCAAGAGCACCAUCGUCAAACAGAUGAAGAUCAUCCACAGUGGGGGCUUCAACCUGGAGGCCUGCAAAGAGUACAAGCCCCUGAUCGUCUACAACGCCAUCGACUCCCUCACGCGCAUCAUCCGAGCGCUGGCGGCCCUCAAGAUCGAGUUCCACAACCCGGACCGAGCCUACGAUGCCGUGCAGCUGUUUGCCCUGACCGGCCCCGCGGAGAGCCGGGGGGAGAUCACCCCCGAGCUGCUGGGGGUCAUGAAGCGGCUCUGGGCAGACCCAGGGGUGCAGCAGUGCUUCUGCCGCUCCAGCGAGUAUCACCUGGAGGACAACGCUGCCUACUACCUGAACGACCUUGAGAGGAUCGCCGCGCUGGACUACAUCCCCACCGUCGAGGACAUUCUGCGGUCACGGGACAUGACCACUGGCAUCGUGGAGAACAAGUUUACCUUCAAGGAGCUGACGUUCAAAAUGGUGGACGUGGGGGGUCAGAGGUCAGAGCGCAAAAAAUGGAUUCACUGUUUUGAGGGAGUUACAGCAAUAAUCUUCUGCGUGGAGCUCAGCGGCUACGACUUGAAGCUGUACGAGGACAACCAGACGAGUCGGAUGGCCGAGAGCCUGCGCCUCUUUGAUUCCAUCUGCAACAACAACUGGUUCGUCAGCACCUCCCUCAUCCUCUUUCUGAACAAGAAGGACCUGCUGGCAGAGAAGAUCCGGCGCAUCCCGCUCACUGUCUGCUUCCCUGAGUACAAGGGCCAGAGCACCUAUGAGGAGGCAGCGGUCUACAUUCAGCGCCAGUUCGAGGACUUGAAUCGCAACAAGGAGACCAAGGAAAUCUACUCCCACUUCACGUGCGCCACCGACACCAGUAACAUCCAGUUUGUCUUCGAUGCAGUCACAGAUGUCAUCAUUCAGAACAAUCUCAAGUACAUCGGCCUCUGCUAGGAGUGCGUGGGGAUGGAUGGAUCCAUUUGCCUGUGGUGAAACCGAUGGAGACGAGCCCACCGCCACUGGUGGUGGAGAUCCACAAGGGGCAGCCCUUGAAGGCCAAAGGAGAAAAGGUGGGGGGCGAGGUGGGGAACCCGAGCUAUGCUCACACCUCCCCUCUAUUUCCUUAUCCCCCACAUUUUUUGCAAAAGUACAUAUAUAUAUAUUCAGAUAUAUAGAGAGAGCUAGGUAAGUAGGUAGGUAGAUAGCUAGACGUAUACAUAUAUAAACACAUUUGCAAAGUUCCCCAAAGAGGGCUUUCGGAGGGAUGUGAAGUGUGUUCACCAUAGUCACAAAGCUCAAGCCAUCCACUUCAUUUGGCUUUCUGAAGAGCCACUCCAUUCUGUGUAGCAAACAAGCAUUCCCCUGGCCUUGGGGCCAUCUCAGCACCUUGGAGAAGAGGCAGAAUGGGGAGAAUGGGCCUACUUUGCAUUUGGUUUCCAAAGCAUUCCUCGAGGCCUGUGGAACCAGACAGGCCAGCAAGGAGAGGCACCCAGGUGAGCGGGGGCUGUGGGGGUCCACGCAGGCUAGAUGUGGCUGCUUCUGCUUUGCACAGGGCUCGCCGAGGUGCCCUCCAAGACCUUCAGAAGCCAACAGCAGAGACCUAGCUUAAGGUUCCCAAUCUGACUGUCACCCCCGGGGGAGCUGUUUACAAAAGCUUCAAAAGACUUGCAUCAAAUGAGCAAAGUCAUUCACAUCAAACCAGGCCAGAACACGGCCAGCGAUUCUUGUACUAGUCAUGAGUUUUCUACAUCCAGAUGUGGGCUUUCUUCUUUGACUUUUUUGAGGAGGGUGGGGAGGGCAAAUCUUGUGGUGUUUUACAGAUGAGGAAAAAAAAUUACAGAAAAUUGAAAAAAAAGCAAAUGAGUGUUCAUUUUAAAAUGUGGACUGUAAAAAGAAAUCGCACGAUAGUUAUUUGGUUUUUGUGUGUGUGUAUGUGUGCGUGUGUGUGAGUGUGUGUGUGUUUUUCUAAGAGGACUGUUUGUGUGUCAUUUGGCUUGCUGGGUAUAAAGCUGCCACUGGAUAGCUUUGGACCUCAAAGAAAGUUCUGGGAACUGUGGUCAAACUGUAUAAGCCUUCUUGGGCUCCUGACCUUACUGGUGUAGAAUAUAAGCCCCUACAAAAGUCCAUUUGUUCCUGCUGAGGUUUUUGGUUCUAGUUUUUAUUUUUAAAACAUAGUGUAUUUGCUGAAGGUUAAUGUGGGAGCGCUGUGAACAAUAACUAAAUGUUUUGGUGUUUCAAAGAGUAAAUUCUUGGCUCCUCAGUUCAAUUAGGGAUGAGGGGGCAAAGAGACAACAGCAUUCCUGGGCUCCCAACAUCAUCCCAUCACCACAGGCUGACACUCAGCAGCCCUAAUUCCUGUGAAGGCCCAGAGAGCUUGGGUGCCUGAUGGAAGAUUAAAGGAGUACACCAUGGGGACUCUACCAGGAAACAUCCCCUCCCAUCAGACAGGCCAGAUCCCAACCACAAAAGCCUGUUUUCAGAUUUGUCUGGGAAGAAAAAGGUGGUACAAAUACAUGUCCAGCCAUUGCCGAAGUGGCCAGCACAGUGAAAAUCUUCAUUUCUUCCCUUCCAGGACAAGUGUGAGGAUUCUCAGUCAAGGGCUCUCAGAAAAUUGGGAGGGAGGGAAGAGAUAAAAUCAGUCAGAGGUUGUCCACCUUAAGAAAAUAAAAUCAUCCAAAUGA